UUAUACUUUAGUUUUCCAGAAGUUUUCUUUAAUCUAUACUUGCAAUCAGCUUUGUUUGAAAAAUUAGAGGAGGAGGCCAACCAUGAACCAACAUAACUAAACAAGACCAAGACUUCCAAGUUUCUUACCAAUCCACCACAAUUUUCAAAGAAGAUGCUAUCUUUUUCUUUCCCAUCUCUUUUCAAAAUCUAGUUUAUCUAGUUUGUGAUCUUUCCAGCUUUCAAAGUCAUAUAUAUACAUAUGUAAGCCUAUUUCCACACUCCACCUUUAUAAACUAGCCAACCUCUUCCUCUCUCUUCCCUUUUUUCCCACUCAAUUUGAUCAGAUCAGAUCAGAGCAGAGCAGAGCAGCCAUUUUUAAACAUGAACCACAGUGAACAUAUUGCCUAUCUUUUUGUCAUAGCCCUCCUUUCCACAUCUGUUGUUGUUCUUGGUGUUGUCCUUAGUCUCCUCCUCCUUUGCAAGAAAAAGCCAGUUCAAUCCCAAGAAACAGUGACACCAAUCAAGCCUAGUGCUCAGGUGUAUCCACUAACCAAUAUAGAUGCUGCCACAGAUGGUUUCAAUCAUCGUAGGAUCGUCGGCGAGGGCCGGUUGGGAACUGUCUAUGCUGCCAUAUUUGAGAAAGGGGAGAUAGCAGCAGUGAAAAGAAUCCAUUCUAGGCAUGUUUUGAGCAAUGCUGGUUUUGGAUUUUCAAGAAUACUUAGAUCAAUUUCUUCAGCUCAGCACCCUAAUGUGGUACCAAUAAUUGGCUACUCAGAAGGGCCAGGUGAGAGAAUCAUAGUGAUGGAGUUUGUAGGUAUGGUGUGCUUAGAUUUCUAUCUGCAUCAAAACCCAGAGGGGGCAUCUUUGUUAGAUUGGAACCACAGAUUGAAAAUUGCAGCAGGGGCAGCUAAAGGGCUUGAGUAUUUGCAUGAAGGAGUGGCACCAAAUAUAGUACAUGGGUGUGUAAAGGCUUCGAACAUUUUGAUAGAUGUAAAUUUUUGUGCAAGGAUUUGUGAUUAUGGGCUUUCAUUUUUGGCACCCCAAGAGAAGAGAGGUCUAGUUGGGUAUGUGGAUGAUGAGUAUUGGAGAGGAAGUGGUGCUUGCAAGGAAAGUGAUGUCUAUGGAUUUGGGAUUGUUUUGUUAGAGCUUUUGAGCGGGAGGUUAUGUGAGGAGGGGAGGCUUGUGAAUUGGGCAUUGCCACUGAUUAAGGAAAUGAGAAUUAGUGAGCUUUUGGACCCCGGACUUGUCAUUCCUGUUGAUAUUAGGGCUCUUGUCAGAUUGGCAAAAGUUGCUUCUGCUUGUGUUGGAAAUUCCAGAAAAAGCAGGCCUUCAAUUUGUCAAGUGGCAACUAUCUUGAGCAACUUGGAGAUGGAUUGAGUUGGGAUUUUCAUACAAGUCAAAAGUGGAAAGCCAUGAAUUUCCGUUCUAAAAAAGUUGCUGUGAUUAGUAAAUGAUGAGAAUUGGGCACCACACCAACCGAGAAUUGGGCACCACAUUAGAGUUUCAACGUAUAGUUUUCACACUUGUGAGUUAUAGCUUGCAUUGCAUGUAUGAAGGUGGGGUUUGUGGAAAGAAAUGUUUGAAAUGAGAGGUGGGAGGGACGGUGGGUUUUGUUUGUCUC